CCUCUCAAGUCUCAACCUUAUGUUGUGUCGGAUUCUCCACGGGUUUCCUUGUUUGAGUCGGCGAAGCUUCCUAAGCUUUCUUUUUACUUCUCUUCAUACAAUUGUUAUUCUCAUCUCACUCUCUCUCUCAUUUCUACGCUUAUUUUUUUCACACAAUUUUUAUUAAUUUCAUUAAAGAUUCAAAGCUCUCAUCUUUCUGUGUAAUGGGUAUCUGGGACUCUUUUCUCAACUGGCUUCGCAGUCUAUUCUUCAAACAGGAGAUGGAACUAUCUCUUGUCGGACUUCAAAAUGCAGGGAAGACAUCUCUCGUUAAUUCCAUUGCCACUGGGGCCUACAGUGAGGACAUGAUUCCAACCGUUGGAUUUAACAUGCGUAAAGUGACUAAGGGAAAUGUAACCAUCAAACUUUGGGACCUUGGAGGGCAACGAAGAUUUCGCACCAUGUGGGAGCGCUACUGUCGCGGUGUCUCCGCAAUAGUGUAUGUGGUUGACGCUGCUGAUCGCGAUAGUGUCCCUAUAUCUCGAACUGAGCUUCACGACCUCUUGACGAAACCUUCAUUGACCGGAAUCCCCUUGCUUGUACUCGGGAACAAAAUCGACAAAUCGGAAGCUCUUUCCAAGCAGGCACUGGUUGAUCAAUUGGAUCUUGAUUCAAUCAAGGAUAGAGAGGUUUGCUGCUACAUGAUCUCCUGUAAAGAAUCUGUAAAUAUAGAUGCGGUUAUUGAUUGGCUUAUUAAGCACUCCAAGACGGUCAAAUGAAGCCCCUAUUGUAUGUGGAACUAUUUUAGCCAAAAAUCUACAUUACCUUGGGAGUGCAGUGAUUGCAGUAAAGACAUUUUUAUUUAUUUAUUUA